ACUCAAUUUCCAUCCUCUGAAACUCAAGCCUCUCCCUUCAUCCAAAUUCAUCCUCCUCCUGCUCCUAGCUAGCCCGAACUAGGGAUUGCUUUACUUUACUGAUCAGCUCUUCCUCCUCCAAAUUAAAAUGGCGGGCAUUGCUAUUGGGCGCUUCGACGAUUCCUUCAGCUUGGGCUCUAUCAAGGCCUAUCUCGCCGAGUUCAUCUCCACCCUCCUCUUCGUCUUCGCCGGUGUUGGCUCCGCCAUAGCUUUCAACAAGGUGACAUCGGAUGCUGCUUUGGACCCUUCGGGGCUGGUGGCCAUUGCCAUUUGCCAUGGAUUUGCUCUCUUCGUGGCGGUCGCCAUCGGGGCCAACAUUUCCGGCGGCCACGUCAACCCCGCCGUCACCUUCGGCUUGGCUCUGGGGGGACAGAUCACCCUCCUUACCGGCGUCUUUUACUGGGUUGCCCAGCUCCUAGGUUCCAUCGUCGCAUGUUACCUUCUUAAAUUUGUCACUGGUGGCUUGGCAAUUCCAAUCCACAGUUUGGCCGCCGGCGUGGGAGCCGUGGAAGGUGUGGUUAUGGAGAUCGUCAUCACCUUCGCUUUGGUUUACACAGUCUACGCCACCGCAGCCGACCCAAAGAAGGGCUCGCUCGGCACAAUCGCACCCAUCGCCAUCGGAUUCAUCGUGGGAGCCAACAUCCUGGCGGCCGGCCCAUUCUCAGGCGGGUCGAUGAACCCGGCCCGCUCCUUCGGGCCGGCAGUUGCCAGCGGCGACUUCAGUGGCAACUGGAUCUACUGGGUGGGGCCACUCGUCGGCGGGGGGCUCGCCGGAAUCAUCUACCCGAUCGUAUUCAUGCAACGCGAUCAUGUACCUCUCUCCGGCGACUUCUAAAUUAAUAAAAGGAGGGAUCUUUCAUAUUUCUUUUCGAUGGAUCCCCUCCUUUUUCUUUCUUUCUUACUUUCUUUUGAAUCUUUAAUUUGGUUUGAUCUCUCUGUGCGUGCUUUUGUUUGAAUAUUGGGUUGUCCUCCUCCUUCUUCUUC